GAAAUUAUAACCUCGAGGCUAUUUCACAGGCGACCGUGAAGUAAUUUCACUAGGAGCACACUUCUGUUCUUAGUUCGGCAGCGUUUUUGUCUUGUUUAUUGGGAAAUGAAUAUGCAUAUUAGAUGCUAAAGUGUUUGUCAAAACAGAAAACUAUUCACACUCUUCGCUAGGAGAUCAUCCAACUGUAAGAACCAAUAGAGCUCGAUCUAGUCUCUGUAAUAUUGUGGAAAAUCGUACUUCAGCUCUCACGAGCAAAAAGCUUUCACAAGCCGAAAUUUAGACAGGGUUUUGUCUGGUAAUUAUACGAAAUGCUGAAAAAGUUUUCUGUCGCAAACGCUCCGCCUCGCUUCGAUUUGGGUCAGGUACCAAAUGUUGGAGAGGAGAGUGAUUCCCACGUGUUUUGCCACGGAAAAACAGCAAAACUACACUCGAGAAUUGGAGGUUUUCAAGAUGAAAAACAGGUCAGUACAUCACGGUGUCUUUGAUAGCAAAACAAGUUUAUUCUAGUUAUCAUAUCCGAAUAUGGUCUGUGGCCAGAUACUGCUAAGAGCUGAGACCAGCCGAGUUUUACUCAUGUACCCUAAUCGCUGACCGCACAGAAAAUUUCUCGGUCGAUAUUUCUUAGCUAUGCACGAGUCACAAAGACCAUUUAAGGAAUUAAAUAUUUUGAGUGAAAUGCCUACAACGCGAGAAAUGGAAUCGAAAUAGGUAUUUUGGUUCCUAUAUUUUAUCGACAAAAAUAACUACACUUUAAAAAACUUAUCAGUUCCUCGACUACAAAAUAUUUUAUGGUAUUUUCAAAUUGAAGUACUUUUCAAAAUUUCGUGCUCUAAUAAAUUACUACGGAUUUGUUUUGUUAGAGCUUAGAUAUUUCAUUCAUCGCAUUCGAAUAAACUUUAUCAAUUAGGUACAAUCAAUUUUCCUAUGAAAGAGCACAGUUGAACAAUUAGAAUGAAAACCAGCCAUAAUUCUAAACUUUAAGAGGAACUUAAGAGUUCUGUCGAAUCCCUUGCGUGCAUAUCGUGUGUGCUUGUAAAGUGCUGUUGUUUACUUGAAGUGGUUUAGCGAAAAAAUCUGUGAAAUGUAGUCCUGUGGUUUUUUAUAACCCCACAGAUUCUCUCGUUGAUUAACUAUGAAUUUCCUAUUGUUUUGACUUUUAACUGAACAAUCAUGCAAAGCAUUUUAACGAGUUAAUUUUAGCGCCUGCUAAAAUGUGGUAUUAUGAACACAAUCCCGCCUCAAAGAAAAGAAUCAACUGAACACAGCUUGUUAUGUCUUGAGCUAUCACGUUUUCACCAUAAUCAAUUGUAAUCGGCUCACGCAGUUUUUUCUCGAAAUAUACUAGAGCCUAUUUCGUCAUUUUCGCACUAUUAUGUCAAUAGUUUCCUAGUUACAGUCAUAAACAUGACAUACAAGAACUUGGCAUCCAAGUGUGAAACUGCUGUAAAUCUUUUAAUUCAAAUUAAAAAGGUGUUUCGAGCACGGAAAAGAAAAACAGAAAGAAAACAACAAACCCUUCCUAAAUAAAACCCAAAAGCUUGUGUCUAUUUGAAGUAAUGAUCCACUUUGGAAUUUCUAACUCUGCUGUUUACCAAUACUACUCAUAAUAAUUUGCCUGACUGGUCAUGGCUUCGCAGUCCUAAAUUAAGGUUAUUCUUUUCAAAGACGUCGAUGAAAAAAAACAACCCACAAGACGCUUUUAAGAAACUAUGUAGAUUUGACAACUUCUUUUGGAUCAACUUUCACUAUGCAAUAUCUGGUAUUAGAUACUCAGAGCGCCCUGAUUGAUCAAAACUUUUGAACCUAUCGUUUAUAGCACUGAUAAACCCGUGGAAGAUUGAAGUUUACAGUAUUUAAGAUGAAAGCAACAGACAGCUCUUUCUAUCGGUUUACUGAAGUAAUAACCCACUUGGGAAGUUGGGAGAACGCUCAAAAGUUUGUCUAACUUUCCUCGUAUUUUCCAUCUGUUCUGUCGGGAGUUUAAGAAAACCACAACGGCAACGGCGACGGGAACGUCAGCAAACAAAGAAUUUAAUUAAUGAGCAGAACAAUAGCUGUGCACGAGCGUUAUAAAUAUUUGUAAAUUUUUAUGUGUCCUCUGCAAAACAACAACGUGAAACGACCAAACUUUGCGUUGUCUGAUGAGGGUGGACGACGACUAAUUUUUUAAAUUUCUUCUUCUUAUUUAACGCUUUGUUCCAUAUUCAGGUUCGAGAUAGUUUUGACAGUAAGAAGCAAACCAAAUGACUUAAGAGUAUCGCGAGAUUCGUAGGUAAAAUAUAAGUUUAUUUUUUAACCGACGUUGUCCUCGGCGUCGCCGUCGUCGUUUCUUAAAAUUAAAGGGACCUUAAACAAUCAGGACGGUAACGCCAAGAAAAACUUCGAUUAAAAAAUGAAUUUCUGCCUUUAAUUAGAAUUUCAAAAAUGUCUGCAUUUGUUUACCGUCUCUAACUGCGCCACACCUCAACUUCAGCCUAAACGUAUAAAAGAAGCGUUGAGUUCCAAAUGGAAAUUAAAAUGAUUUGCCGUCGCUUUCGCAGACGACCCAAUUUAAGAAAUGUACAAAGUCUUAAAACGCACGUGCUGAGCUAUUGUUCUGCCAAUUAGAUCUUUUGUUUUUUCCAUGUCCUCCCUAAACUCGGUCUUACUCCGGUAUAAAUCCUAAUUAGCGAUGAGGGUAUUAACCACGUUUUUUGACAACAUCGCCUGUUUUCUUAAAUGACCGUAACUGAUUGGAAUCUUGUCACUUCAGCUCUACCGAAACAGCCUGUUCUUGUUUGAUGGUGAUACUAAUCCAAAAAUACCUUCGGCAACUCGUGCAUUAAGUACUUAAUCUAGAGCGGAUGAAACACGGUUGAGAACUUGGUCUCGAAGCAAUGCAAGGUUGCUCUUAUCUCAAAAGGGGAAAACACGGAGAGUUUUCGACAAUUAUUGUACCCAACCAACUCCGUAAAAUAAUAAACGGGACGACUAAUUACCGCAGUGCCUACAUCUUAGUGAGCGAGUGAGUGCAUGAUUUAUUUGCAUAUCGGAGUCCCGUAUGAGUUAAAAAUAUAAGGUGAUCUAAUUAUGGUUCGGUAUGACCCUUCCAGUCGUGUUAUGAACGCUUUUGUUACCAGUAAAACGCGUCUAUGCUUUCGCAGGUCAGAACUGACUUUUAGCGAGGACACUGUCGCAGAGGUAAAAUAUUCGCACCAGAUUUCUAUUCUUGAAAGAUAAUUCAAGCUUCGUCUUCAUCAGUUACUACACGAUAGAAAUCUUAGGUUUAUACUUUAAUGGUUGAAAAUCUCUGACAAAGGGCUAAUUAUGAAGCUCGAGACGUCAGCUUUACAGUGGCCAAUUCAUAUUAUCAACCCAGUUGAUGAAACCAAAUUAUCUUCAAUAAUUACCCCCACCAACGCAGCACCACAGUUUCUCUCUAAACUUACCCCCUUCAUUCAGUGCGUAUCGUAGCCAAUCAGGUUGCUGCAUUUGUGGUAGAAAGUUAUUAGCUCUAUACUAACAAACAGUAUACUGAAAUCCAGGGAACAAGACUGAGGAAGGUGUCCCUGAUGCCACCCAUUCCAUCAGCAAGAAAUUCACCUUCCUUUAGCAAAACGUCAGGUUCUCGAGGUAGUGAUGGAUUGCAAACAUAUUCCGAGAAUGACCUGGAUCAGAACAACAACGACAUGUAUGGACUCAAGGUUUUUGGUGAAACUGGCUAUCUGGCGAUGAAUUCUGGGAAGAAAAGCACGGCUGAGAAACUGAGUGACACUGGAUUCCAGCUUUACACUUCUAACGACUCUAAUAAACUUCCAAAAAUCUUAAAACCCAAGAAAAAAGUCAGCAAGGGCUCGAAAAGGAGAAAGACAAAUGCUAUGAACGAUGGAAGUCAAGGAAGCCAAGGCAGUGAUUUUUAUGCUCAGUUGGGAGGGACAGAGGAUGACAAAGGUACUUCAAGUGAAUCAGCUGCAGGACAAGAUAGUGGAGACCUUAUCAACAAAUAUGGACUGGACCUUAAAAGAGAUUUCAGUAAGUUAUUCAGUUUCUGCAGUUAUUGUCGAAACUCAAGGCAGUGCACCUAAGCGCGAUCCAAACGCCACAAAUAUGAUUACUAAAAAGAUUAAAAAGAGAAAACGAUGGGGGGGGAGGGGAGGGGGGGGGGUUAAGGACAGAGAACCUUAUGGGUCUGACCUGCGUAUGAACCGAUUCCACUCAAGCUAUUUAUAGAAAAUCUCUUUACCGGAAGUUUCCCGAGACGUUCACAUAAUGGUUAACCUCAAUCCGAUUUUCUGAUCUAGAGCUAUACAAAAGUAGACUGUUUAGGAGUCAAGGACAGAUGUUAGAUCAUCUUCAUUCUCACUGUGGCGGAACAUCAUACAUGUGCCAUACACCCAAAUCGAUUGGUCAACCCUCAGAAGUUGUACAUUUUUUGUUUUUUAAAAGGACUUUGUUCGCACAAUUUUUUGCCACUGUUGGCUUGCAAAUACGUUUGAGGUCUUGAACAACGCUAGCCGGCGCGAUUGGUCUGGAAAUGAUAAUUAGUGCCAGAUCCCAUGAAGACCUCUCGCUGACUUGUUCUGCUCAGGUGAAGAAACGCUCAUGCACCCAUUAUGCGGGCCUGCGCGCUGGCUAUGAAGAAUUUAACAUUUGUUUUAAGCGGAUUCAUGAUCUGAUGGGUGCAUUAAUCCUUCAACCCCCAUGAGUGACCUAGAGAGAAUUUCUCCUUACAGUUUCAAUGCAAUAUUAAGCAGACAAGUGAUGAGAGUAAAAAAAAUAUAGCGAUUAGCGGAUUUUUAGUCGAUCCAAUGCCAAAUUCUCCAAACUAACAUUAUAGAAAUUGCAUGGCAGAUAGUAAGGAGAAUUACUGAUCAGAUCUUGGGAGUGAAAGGGUUGAGAGUAGGUAUAGAGAUAUUUUGUUCUCUUUCUAACGGUUUUUAACUUCUUUUGUUUUUUCAGAUAUGGAAGUGACAAGGCCAUUUACCUUUUCAUAUUUUCCUGAAAUUCAUAUCAAGAAAAAGAAAAAAGGGGGUGACAAGGAGACUGGGAAGAAAAUACAGCGAAAAAUAUCUAAGGUUAAAACGCCUUCGAGCCUCUCUUGAGCCAGCGAAAUGCACCUGAGAAAUUACUUUUUAGAUUUGCCAAGCCAGCGGUUAUCAAUACUGAGGUUCUGAUUGUAUGAGCAAAGCUCUGCAGCACCGAAAGCGUUACUCCGUUACAACUCAAAAUAGAAUUCCAAUAACAUCGACUCUUACGGGGCUGGUUACUUUGUUUCGCCUGGAGGGGGUGGGGGUUUGGAGGAUUUUGCUUGUUUCACGAUGAUAAAGCUCUGUAAUAUCCUUAUGAUAUAUUUCCCACCCCCCUCAUUGGCAGUCAAUUUUCUAAGGCUCCCCCCUUUAAACUCUAUUGCUACCCCCCCGCGACCUCAGUUCUCCGUGAAAACCAUGUGAUCCCCCAAAUUCCUCCACCCUCCCCUCCCCUCCGGACGACAAACUUUGACUGGUCACCAACGUGGAAAUGAAUUUGUUAUCAGGAUAUACUAGGCACUACCAUCCUAAACUUAUGUUGUCUGUGGCAAUAAUACAAAUUCUUGUAUUCCAUGACCAAAGAGAACUCCUGGGAUGGACGAUAGAAGCCCUGAUGAAAAUAGUAAAUGUCGAGCACACUUGACCACUUUUAAGAAGUUCUUAGACAUUUAGUCUUGUGCCAAGUCAGCGUCUUUAAAAUCAAGCGUAUUUCAUAAAUAAUUCACGAAUGAUAAAAUGCUCCAGAAAGGGUAAAUGAG